AUGCACUUGUCGGAUAUUCUUCUGGAGCUCCUCAUCAUUGUGAUCUCCGUGGUGUCUUUGUUUUCCAACUUGCUGGUGCUGCUAUGUUUCAUCUACAGCGCCGAGAUACGAAGACAAGUGCCGGGAAUCUUCAUCCUGAAUCUAUCCUUCUGCAACAUCAUCAUUGCUAUCAUGAACAUGCCCGCUACUUUGGCCGGAGUAGUCAGAGACCAGAAGCCCUUUGGCGAUCCAUUUUGCGCCGCUAUAAGUUUUAUGGAGAUAUUUCUAACAAUCAACACUACACUAAGUAUGGCUGCGUUAAGCAUAGACAGGUGGAUAGCGGUGGUUUUCCCGCUAACUUACUCUAUGAAAAUGCGUUAUAAGGACGCAGCGAUAAUAGUAGGAUACACCUGGAUUCACUCUUUUGCCUUCUCCAUCUUUGCGCUGUUAUACUCUUGGGUAGGCUACAGCCACACAUAUGCGUCUUGCAUCUUGCACCUGGGCGGAUCAGAAAACGGAAGGUCGAAGUUCACUGCAUUCUCCAUAGUGUUUCAGACCACCAGCUUCUUGCUUCCUCUCAUCAUUCUCUGCAUCACUUACCAGAAAGUUUUGAAAGUGGCCCGUUUUCAUUGCAAAAGGAUAGACGUGAUAACAGUACAGACGCUACUUCUUUUGGUGGACAUUCACCCAAGCGUGAAACAACGGUGCCUUUUGGAGCAGAAAAAAAGAAGACAGAGAGCCACAAAGAAGGUCUGCAUUUUCAUCGGGACUUUCGUUGUUUGCUUUGCUCCUUAUGUCAUCACAAGGUUAACUGAACUGGCGCCGGACGUUCACAUCGACCGUCACUGGGGAAUCGUUAGCAAGUGCCUGGCGUACAGCAAAGGAGCGCUUGAUCCCUUUGUGUACUCCCUCCUCCGCCAGCAGUUCAAGAAGGCUCUGAUCAGCAUGGCCAACAGGGCCCUGGGACGCGGCGCCUACCCCUCCUCAGGACACAGCAGCACUGCAGACACGGACAACGACGGCCUCUCGCGGAGAGGCAGCUAG